CUAUCCUCUAUCUGUGCAUCCAACCAUCCAGUAUGAACAAUAAAAGUGUACACGGGAACAUGAGAUUGUAAUCACACGAUUCCAGCCAGUUUCCACACGGAUUGCAACAAUUUUCACUUGAUAGUUUCGGCCCCAAUAAUGGAUACAAAAUUGCCUCAAUGAGAUUGUCGAGUAAAAAUGAUCCUGAGCUGCAUCUGAACGUAACGGAGGAGGAGCUGCUGUGGAAGCUCGCCGCGAGCGCGCCGUCACAGCCGGCAUACGACGUAAAAGCGCAGGAAGGCAGCGGCGCCGCCGGCGGCCCCGCCACAAAUGUAAUUUGGGUGCAGAACCCCUGGACGCAACUGACCACGACAGAGAACGGGGGCGUGAUGCCGGCGGCGACCAUCGGCGGCGCGCAGCACCCCAACAACGAGGAGUGCGGCAUUCGCGACGUCUGGGCGCACAACCUCGAAGAUGAAUUUCGAACCAUACGACAAAUUGUACAAAAAUAUCCUUACGUGGCGAUGGACACCGAGUUCCCCGGUGUGGUAGCGCGUCCAAUCGGCGAAUUCCGUAGCACCGCCGAGUACCAGUACCAAUUACUACGGUGCAACGUCGAUCUCCUGCGCAUCAUCCAGCUGGGCCUCACGUUCCUGGACGAGAACGGCAAAACCCCGGGCGGGUCGUACACGACAUGGCAAUUCAACUUCAAAUUCAACCUCGCCGAGGACAUGUACGCACAGGACAGUAUCGAACUGCUGCAGAACUCGGGCAUUCAGUUCAAGAAGCACGAGGAGGAGGGUAUUGAGCCGUCGCACUUUGCCGAGCUGCUGAUGACGUCCGGUAUUGUUCUCAUGGACAACAUUAAGUGGCUGUCUUUCCAUUCGGGGUACGAUUUUGGUUAUCUCAUCAAACUCCUUACGGAUUCGAACCUGCCGAUGGACGAGUCUGAUUUUUUUGAGUUGCUAAAAUUGUACUUUCCUACCAUUUACGAUGUGAAGUAUUUGAUGAAGUCGUGUAAAAACUUGAAAGGCGGUCUGCAGGAGGUCGCCGAACAGCUGGAUCUUGAGCGGAUAGGACCGCAACAUCAAGCUGGCUCUGAUUCCCUGCUCACAGGCAUGGCCUUCUUUAAAAUGAAGGAGAUGUUUUUCGAAGAUACGAUCGAUGAUUCGAAAUUCUCCGGCCACUUGUACGGUUUGGGAACGUCGUUCGUGAUGAACGGAAACGCGGCCGGCAGUUACGGCGCCGAUAACGGCGACAACAGCAAUUCGUCGUGAGGGAACGAAGCACCACGACACAAAAAAACCGGAGUACAUUUAAUUAUUUCUAACGCUUAAGAGAAUAUUUUAUCAAAAACACAUUUCUUUGGAGGAAACAAUGACAAAAACCAAUACCAUA